AUGCCGGACUCUACGCUCUAUCUGUACACCUCCCUUACGGCAGGAUCAUCGCACAUUGUCACUGCCACCGCUCGAAUUGAAACCAUCCUCAAAGCCAACAAGCUCCCCUUCCGCGCCAUUGAUGUCGCCACUGAUGAAGCUGCCCGAAAGCUCUGGGGUCGUCGCUCCAGAGGCAAGAAGCUUCCUGGCCUGGUUAAAUACGGCGAUAUCGUUGGCGAUCUAGAAGAAAUUGAAGAAUGGAAUGAGUUCGGCGAACUACGAAUGGUGAUAAACGCCGUUCAAGACAUGGGUGGCAUGCCGGCCACAAGCAACCCUCUCCCCGCCACCGAAACCACGACCGAGACCAAAACGACCACCCCCAAGCCCUCUACAAUCAAGAUCCAAACCCCGCCCGUAACCAAGGAUGACGAUAAGAAGGAUGAGAUGACGGUGUUGGCCUUGCGCCAAGCUAGUACUGAGGCUGCCUCUAAGGCGAAGGCCAAGACAGACGAUAAGAAGGAGCCCGCAAAGGAGGAGUCCAAGGAGGUGCCUCUGGCCAGCCGUGCACACCGUGGCUCGGUCGCUUGCGAAUUGCCAGACACCACACCUGAUUCACCCAAGGCUGCCAAGCGCCCUGUUUUGGUACCUGAGAAUGCGGCCAUGUCAUCUGCAAAUUUCCACGUGGAUAACGCUGAGAUGCUCGGAUUGGUUGGACAUCACCGCGGGUCCCGGGUGCCGACUCUUGCGAAUGCGGAGCAGGAUGAGGUUGUACACGAGUUGAGGAAAUCUAUCUCUCAAGAUUCCACUGGCAACCUUGAUGCUAUUCGCAAGGAAGCCGCCCAGAAGGCCCAGGCUGGAUCGCCUAUUGACGAGGUACCGACCCCGCUUGUUGAUGAUGCGGUCGUGACCGAGAGCAAGGAAGGGCUUAUGGAACCCAAUGAGCCCAAGGGUCAGGCUAUUGCGGAGAUCAUUGCGAAGGCAGUCCAGGAGCCCCGGGAGGCCCAGGAAGAGAUUAAGAAGGCCCAAGAGGCAGUCGAAGCUAGCUCACCAAAGGCCACAGGCGCGAAGGAUGACAAGGAAAACACAGAGCCUCUUCAGGCGCAGAUCCCUAAGCCGGAAUAG